CCAUAUUAUUAUUCAUUACUUAGUACAAGGGGAUCUGCGCCAUUUGCCUAACUGGGUAAUCUCCAGCUGAAAAAUUUCGGGGAUGUCAAAUCUGUGCGACUGCCACAAAAAGUAUAGUGCCAUGAAAUGGUGUGCUGUGAACUUAGUGCGUGCUUAAUAUUCUACUGGGGGAGAUUGAGAAGACUAUAGUCAUGAAGAUUUCACUUAGUAAAGGUAUCAUAAUACCUCUUCUCAUUCUACCAUUGGCAUUAGGGACUCCAGCAUCUAUUCCCAAACAGGAAGGAGAGAUCGUACCAGUUAAUGAUGAUAGUAACACCCUUAAGGAUACGUCUUCACCAGGGAAUGUUCAAGACAACCAUGCAAAUGGAAAUGGGAAUGCCAAUGAUAAUGACAAUACUAAAGUACAGAAACACGAAUCAGAACCAGAAUCAGAACCAGAACCAAAAUCAAAACCAGAAUCAAAAGCAAAAGCAAACGAAGAUGAAUCUCAAAAAGAAGACACCAAACCCAAAAGCAAACUUCCUCCAUCAUUGAAUAUUGAAAACUUCGAUGCUAUCACCAGUGAGAAACUCUCAUUUGUAGAAUUCUAUUCUCCAUAUUGUCAUCAUUGUAAAGCUCUUGCACCUAUAUGGGAACAAGCAUACCUUGAAUUUGAAGAGGAAGCUAAAUCAUUAAAUAUUCAAAUGAGACAAGUCAAUUGUGUUGAGAAUGGUGAUUUAUGUGGAAGAGAAGAUAUUUCAUACUUUCCUUAUUUAAGAUUAUAUGCUCCCGAAAGAGAUGUAAAGACUGGACAAAUUAUACCUGGUAAACUGAAAUUUGUUGAUACAUUUCCUCGAUCAUUAGUUAGAACUAGUGAAAAUUUUAAAAAGUAUUUAAGAAAAUCAGUUGCUGAAUAUGAUGAUGGAACUAUAGAUAUGCCAUCAUCUUCUAAAUUAUUAGAUACUGAUGAAAUGUUAAAUAUUUUAGCUGGUUCAAAGGAAGAAGUAUACUUUGUUUCAUUCUUCCCAGCUACAGAUGAACAAUAUCUUAAAGUUGAUUCUACUAAGAAAAAUCACUUUUCUAAGUGUAAUGAUUGUUUUGAAUAUAAACAGAUUUGGGAUAGACUUUCAAAUCAUCUUCAAAUUAUUGCAAAGACUGGUCAUUUUAAUUGUCAAUCAAAUCCAACAUUAUGUAAAGAAUUACAAUUAACUGAAUUGACUACACCUGGAGUUAGAGCUACACCUAAAUUUGCGGUAUUCUUACCAAAGAGUACUGGACGUAUUAGAUUUGACUAUAAAGGAGAAGUUUCAAUUGAUAAAAUGAAGCAAUGGAUUGUAAGAUUAUUUCAAAAUUCUCAAUAUGAAAAGAUAACUGCUAGAACAUUAGGGGAUGUUAUGUCAUUUAGAAAAAGUUUACCUAAUGAACCAUUAGAUUCUUAUUAUCCAUUAGAGAAUAAAAUAUCUGUUAUAUUCUAUUUUGAUGAAACUACAGUAUCUGAUGAAGAUAAAGCUAUAUUACCAUACUUAUUGGAUUAUGUAACUUAUUCACCAUUUAACAUGUACUUAUAUACUGCCACUCAUAGUCAAAUUGAAAAGGGAGUAUUAAGUCAAGCAGAAAAUUUGAUAAAUUAUGUAAAUUAUGAUCCUAAUGAACCAAGACAAAGAUUUCAUGUAGAGAAUUAUUUAUCAACAACAUUAACUGCUAAGCCAACCAUUUUAAUAUUUAAAGAUAAUACAUUAAUUACUAAUGUUUAUCAAAAUUUUGCUCCUGAAGAUAUGAGAGAUUAUAAAAAGAUAUCUAAAUUUAUUAGUGAUAGUCAAUAUCCAUUAUAUCAAGAAUUAACUCCAGAAUUAAUUCCUUAUUAUUUCAAUACUGAUAUCUUAGAUAAAAGAAAUGAAAAAGUAGUAGUAACAUUUAUUGAUUCAACUGAUGCAUCUAAACUUAAUAUUGCCUUAUAUAACAUGUCAUUAGCUGCUCAUGAAUAUCAUCAUUUAAAGAAACAAUAUUAUUUUAAUAAACUUUCUUUUAGUAGAGAAGAAAAGGAAGCUAGAGUUGAGAAAUUGAAACAUCAAAAUGCUGAUAGUAUUGAAGUUAUAAAAGAAUUAAGAAGAGAAAUCCCUCAUCUCUUUAAUUAUAAUCAAGUAUUAUUUACAUUUAUUGAUUUAAGUAAAAAAGAUCAAUUUGAACAUGCUUAUAAAUGGAAAAUUGAUCCUGAUGAUUAUAAAGUAGGAGAUACUAUUGUUAUUACUAAAGAUAAUCGAUAUUAUUGGGAUCAAGCUAUUGAUGGUAGUCAAUUAACUAAUAACCCCAGUGUUAUUAAACCAUUAUUAUUAUCAUUAUUAGAUAAUUCAUUAGUAACAACUCAAAAUCAUGCUAUAACUAAAUUAGUUGGAAGUCCCUAUGGAUCAAAGUUAAGAUUUAUGGAUAAGAUUCAUGAUCGAGGAGUUAUUGGUUAUAUAGGGCUCUUUGGCUUUAUAUACCUUAUGUAUAUAGUGAUUAUUAGAUUAUCUAAGAAGAAAAGGCUAUUUAAAUCAAAGUCUAGUGGCUCAGCUUCCGGAUAUGGGAUCAUCGGGAAUGUUCAAAAGAAGGAGAAGGACUAG